AUGAAUCUUCAGCAAACUACACGUGGCAUACAGGACCUGCUUUACACACUUGGUACAUCACUGGAGAGGUUCAGGGGCGCGAACGGCUUGCAGCAUCUGGUAACCACAGGAAAACUAUCCCUUCUGUCGCUUUUCGGCGUGUUCGAGCGCACUAGGGAUGAAGAAUACGAGAAGCGCUCCGCAGCUGUAAAUGAGACUCGCCGCUGCUUGCUGCAGCUUGUCGACGACUUCGAAGGAAUUACUGAGUCGACCGCGAAGUUAGUGCAAAAAGUCGACCGGCUGCUGGGUACGCUUGAGCAGUUUCAUUGUUGUUGUGACAUGGAAGUCGACGGUCGCGCCAAUGUCAGCGGCUCAGAUGUCCCGCAGCUGGGACAAUAUUUCCGGCAGAUUCGCGAAGCCAGCAGUCAGUUAAAAGGGUUUCUUGAUGACUUCAGCACCUCAAAAACCACGUGCGUGGAUGUGACACGCACUGCCAUAAAGGAGAUCGAGAAAGUGAACACAGACACGUCGUGCAAUGUGGCGGCUGCACUCACAGACUUUGACCGCCAGCGUCGUCGCCUUCAGAUGAGGGAGAGCGAAAUGAUGCACGCCAUGUCCCGCUCCACGUCCAGGGAAGACCCGGCUGUACGAUACGCAGAACUCAACUGCGUGAAGGAAUCGGAGGCGCUAGAGAGUCUUGGUCGGAAGUACAUUGAUUCUCUCGGAAAUGCCAUGACGGCAACUCAUUUUGCUCUUGAACAGUCGUCGAUGACCGGCUGGGCGUCGUCCAACGUCUUUUUUGUGCAACUCGGUCAGCUUUUCAGCGAGCUAUCGACAACUGGUAAGGCGAUUGCAGCGCACCUUCUAUCCAUAAAGAACUCGCAGAAAGUGUCUCAUCAGUUGUCAGAGGAGAAACGAAGGAUUUUGCAAGAGCAGAGAGCAGCAGCCACUGCGGCAGGUGUGGCGACCAACACUGAGACAGAUCUUUUUAGUGGAGGUGCAGAUGUCUCACCAGGGGCGUCGUUUCCUCUUGUUACUUCAUCUCCAGCGGGCCCAUCUGCUAGGGUAAGCUCACCAACUGAAGGGCCAGGCCGCGGGUCUGUGAAUCUCGACGAUUUGUUUCACUGA